UAUGCAACCUCAGUAUUGAGUCGAAGGAGUGAUACCUUGCAUGCAAUGUCAUCUUUCCGACUAAAUACCCGUCUCCGAAGAUGGCCACAUAAAUACCCGAUCAAUGGUAUCUCCAUGGAGCUUUGAAACCAGAACUGCAGUCAUCCGUGAUUGUUACGAGAAUUCAAGGAGUUAAGAAAAGGCCUGCGCUGAGAGGUUAGACUUCUCAUCCAUAUCUCUCGUUUACUCCCAAUGAUGGCGCCUUGGUCUGUGUUUCGGAGGUGGGCGAAAGCCGUGGAAGGUGACACGAAGCGCAACAAUAGUCGCCGCUCCAGCGUUUUCAGUCAGUCCUCGUCCACUUGGAUUCGGUUCACAACUACCGUGGUUCCAAGCACGCUGGUCAAUAUCUGUCCAAGUAUCAAGGUCGAUUCUUGGACUACCAAGGGCCGCCUUUUCCAAUCCAAGAAACGUCGCUCCAGACAGAAGCACGAAUUUACUUUCGUGUGUCCUAUCAGCGGCCAACCUCCGGAUGUGCAGAUUUUCAAACUACCCCCCGAACUCCUCUUCCAGAUCUUCGAAGAAUGUUGCUUUUCGGAGCAUCCCCAUACCAUACUUCGUAUAUCAAUGGUGUGCUCAAGAUGGAGAGAUAUCUGUCUGAGCUUACCUCAUAUAUGGUCUACUAUCGGUAUCCCCAUCGAUGUCCAACCUCGCAAAAUACUCAAAAAACAGCGAGACAUCGUUAAUCUCUAUCUCCAGCGCUCGAAUACAUCACCACUAUCCAUAAUUCUCUAUUCUCGAUCUGGCACGAUCAAUAAGGACACUAUGCGCGCCUUCGUAAUCUGGUUCGAACCUCUAAUUACCCUCCUUCGUACGCAGGCACACAGAUGGCGUACGAUGGAGGUCAGAGCCUAUUUUCCGACUGGCUCAUAUUAUCAUCUCUUUGCUCCUGGAAUAGACCUGGGGAUGCUCGAGAGCCUAAGAGUUCACGAGACCGAUAAUUCCUUCCAUCUUCAUCGUUUCCCAGGAUUCUCCACCGCCGCCAAACUCCAGACUGUCCAUGCUUCCAAGACGCCCUUCUUCGCUCACGGAUCCACCACCUUCCCCGCGUCCCAGAUUCGUACCCUAGUGCUAGAAGACAUGAUGCUAUACUUCACCACACCUGACAUCGUCGCCUCCUUCCCGAAUGCGACGGAUCUGACAAUCAUUCCUCAUACGACAAUCUAUGGGCACACUCGCUUCGCUCCCAGCAGCAUUCGACGCAUGGGAAUCACAUCCCUGACGUUAUCCGUGUUAUGCUCGCCUAUCCAACUGACGGACAUAAUGUCACGCAUGGAACUGCCUAAUCUUCGGACACUCGCACUUGUCUCCGGUCCCCGAAAGCAGUCCCGCCGCCGCUUUGAUCCGUCCUGCUUUGAUCAUUUAUUCCGACAUUCCGGAGAUUCACUCCGCCACCUUAUCGUUGACCGUGUCCCCAUCCUAUCGGGGGAUAUAGCGGAGCUCGUGCGGAAGAUUCCUGAGCUGGAGAAGCUAGUCGUGAGGGAGAGCGACUUUGGCCAAGAAGACGAUUAUUGUUCGAUCUCGUCAUCGCGUGUUCGGAGGAUCCUGGAGGAGGCGCCGCAUCUCAAAGACUUGGAACUAAUAUACCGGAAGAGGGAGCGUUGUGAGGCAGCGGUUACGGAGGCAAGGGUUAUGGAUGUUAUCGAAGAAAGGAUGUAUUCGCAUAUGCCUUUGAGGUGUUUGACCCUUGGCGUUGGGACUGCACAUCUCUUUGCGGAAUCGAGCUUGAUUCGUUGCCGGAUGAAGGUGUUGAGAGAUGCGGGGCUAGGGUACUGUAGCUGAUGUAGGGAUAAACGGAUCAUACUCCUGUGUCAGCCGGAUUGUUAUUUUUAUUUUGCUGUCCAGGUCAAGAAUGAUGCAUGAUGAGC